AGCGGAUAGUUAUACAGAGCCGGAGGAUAUUUCAUACGAAGCAUGCAUUCCCGCAGUCGACUCUGAACAGAAAGCAUCGAGUAGUGCGGCAGUUUUUGUGCGCCAAGAGAGGAACAAAGUGGUGAUCAAUCGUUGAAAGAAAUGCACGGGUGCGUGUUGUUACGCUGACGAUGACACGACGACGACCACCAGAUUCGACAUGGAUCGACCUGCUAGUCUGGCUGCUUUUGAUCAUCCUGCCUGCUGGAACCGGAGUUGUGCAUAGCUAUGCGGAUAAACAAAGGUACGAUGGAUGGUACAACAAUCUGGCUCAUCCUGAUUGGGGAUCGAUCGGCAACAGGCUGAUACGAAAGAUGCCAGCAGCAUAUUCCGAUGGGGUUUACAUGUUGGCUGGCCAGGAUAGGCCAUCUCCAAGGAAGCUCAGUCAGCUUUUCAUGCAAGGUGACGAUGGUCUACCAUCCGUCAAAAAUAGGACAGCGUUAUUUGCCUUCUUCGGGCAACUGGUCACGUCGGAGAUAAUCAUGGCCAGCGAAAGUGGCUGCCCCAUAGAGUACCAUCGAAUCGACGUGGACAAAUGCGAUCCGGUUUUCGACAAGGAGUGCCAAGGUAACAAGUACAUUCCCUUCCGUCGGGCGGAUUAUGAUCGGCAAACCGGACACAGCCCUAAUAGCCCACGUGAACAGAUAAACAAAGUGACGAGUUGGAUCGACGGUAGCUUCAUUUAUUCGAGCAGUGAAGCAUGGGCGAACACCAUGAGGUCUUUCAAAAACGGCAGCCUUCUUAUGGAGCCUACCAGGAAAUUUCCUGUGAGGAACACAAUGCGUGCUCCACUUUUUAAUCAUGCUGUUCCACACGUUAUGAGAAUGCUCAGUCCAGAACGUCUUUAUCUUCUUGGAGAUCCACGAACGAAUCAGCAUCCUCCGUUAUUGGCUCUUGGAAUAUUGUUUUAUCGGUGGCAUAAUGUGAUUGCUGCACGAAUACAACUGGAGAAUCCAAAUAUGUCUGACGAAGAUAUUUUUCAGAAAGCGAGACGUGUUGUUAUAGGAACGCUUCAGAAUAUUAUUUUAUACGAGUAUAUUCCAAUACUUCUUAAUGAAGAUCCUCCAACGUAUACAGGAUACAAGCCAGACUUACAUCCUGGAAUCAGUCACAUAUUUCAGAGUGCAGCUUUUCGAUAUGGACACACAUUGAUACCACCAGGAUUGUAUCGUCGAAAUGAAAAUUGCGAAUAUAGAAGAACUAAUACCGAUCAACCUGCGAUUAGACUCUGCUCCACUUGGUGGGACUCCAAUGCAAUUUUAACUAACAGUACGAUCGAAGAACUCCUCAUGGGCAUGACAUCGCAAAUAGCAGAGAAAGAGGAUAAUCUCCUUGGCACUGACAUUAGAAAUAAUUUAUUCGGACCUAUGGAAUUCUCAAGACGCGACUUAGGUGCUUUGAACAUCAUGCGAGGAAGGGACAACGGGCUUCCAGAUUACAAUACAGCUAGGGCACAUUUCAAGCUACCUCGUAAGAAAACUUGGAAUGAAAUCAAUCCGGAAUUAUUCAAUAAAAACCCUUCGCUACUACGUACGUUAGUAGAAAUUCAUUCGAAUAAUUUAAACAAUGUGGACGUUUACGUUGGUGGAAUGUUGGAAUCCAGUGCCGGCCCUGGAGAACUCUUUUCAGCUGUAAUUAAAGAACAGUUUCUUCGCUUGAGAGAUUCUGAUAGAUUUUGGUUUGAAAAUGAAGAAAAUGGAAUUUUCACAAAAAGUGAAAUAGCAGAUAUUCGUCGUGUAACUCUGUGGGACGUAAUAGUAAACGCGACAGGAAUACCAGCAGACGCCAUUCAAAGGAGUGUGUUCAACUGGGAAGAAGGAGAUCCAUGUCCUCAGCCUUAUCAACUCAACUCAACAAUGCUGGAACCCUGUGUUCCACUACAACGUUACGACUAUUUCGAAGGAAGUGAGCUGGUGUACAUAUACGCCUGUGUUUUUCUCGGGUUCGUUCCGAUUCUUUGCGCUGGUGCCGGUUAUGGUCUGGUCAAGCUCCAAAACCGACGAAGAAGACGUCUAAAAAUUCUCCAAGAAGCGAUACAAAAAAGGAACGAUGGUAAAAUCUGCGUGGACAAAAUGAUCGUACGAGAGUGGUUACACGCGAACCAUCGUCGUCUGGUCAAGGUAAAAUUCGGGCCGGAAGCGGCUCUGCACAUCGUCGAUCGCAAGGGAGAGAAACUCCGCACAUUCGAUUUCUGCGACGUGAACACGGUCACGAUAGAAGAAUCGCAGGAAAACGAGAAUGGUCAUCGUAAGGCGUUGGUUCUAUUGCGGAUACCGCGAGACUACGACCUUGUCCUUGAACUGGAUUCGCUGGCCUCGCGUAGAAAGUUCAUUGCGAAACUGGAGGCAUUUCUGGCGUCCCAUAAGAAGCACUUCACUCUGUCCCAAGUGAGUAGGGACAUUAUGCUUGCAAAAGCGGAAACGAAGGAACGCCGCCAAAAGAAACUCGAGCAGUUCUUUAGGGAAGCUUACGCCCUGACGUUCGGUUUACGACCUGGUGAAAGGCGACGACGGUCCGAAGAUAGCGACAGCGGUGAGGUCGUUACCGUGAUGAGGACGUCGCUUUCUAAAAGUGAAUUUGCGAGCGCGCUUGGAAUGCGUGCAGACGCUGUGUUCGUAAAGAAAAUGUUUAAUAUAGUCGAUAAAGACAGGGACGGUCGUAUCUCGUUUCAGGAAUUUUUGGACACUGUUUUAUUAUUUUCACGCGGGAAAACCGAGGACAAAUUAAGAAUAAUCUUUGACAUGUGCGAUAAAGACAGUAACGGAGUCAUUGACAAAGAAGAGUUAUCAGAAAUGCUCAGAUCUUUGGUAGAAAUUGCACGCACAACUAGUCUAUCAGACGAUCAUGUUACAGAAUUAAUCGAUGGAAUGUUCCAAGAUGCCGGACUCGAGAGAAAGGAUUACCUCACGUACAACGAUUUCAAGCUGAUGAUGAAAGAGUAUAAAGGCGAUUUCGUUGCGAUCGGUCUUGAUUGCAAAGGCGCGAAGCAGAAUUUCCUCGACACAUCGACGAAUGUAGCUCGUAUGACAAGUUUCCAUAUAGAUCAACUUCCACCAGAGGAUUCGAAAACCUGGGCUAAAAAACAGUGGGACGCUGUUUCGACAUUUCUUGAGGAAAAUCGCCAAAAUAUUUUCUAUUUAUUUGUUUUCUAUGUCACAACCAUCGCUUUAUUCGUCGAAAGAUUCAUUUAUUAUUCCUUUAUGGCUGAACACACGGAUUUGAGGCAUAUUAUGGGAGUCGGAAUCGCCAUAACCAGAGGAUCUGCAGCAGCCUUGUCUUUUUGUUACUGUCUACUGCUUUUAACGAUGUCACGCAAUCUUUUAACUAAGCUCAAAGAAUUUUCUAUUCAACAAUACAUUCCUCUUGAUUCUCAUAUACAAUUUCAUAAAAUUGCUGCGUGCACUGCGUUAUUUUUCUCCGUUUUGCACACAGUGGGACACAUGGUGAACUUUUAUCAUAUCUCGACUCAACCAUUAGCUCAUCUUCGAUGUUUGACCAGCGAACUUAGUUUCCCAAGCGAUGCUCGGUUGACAAUAUCGUUUUGGCUUUUUAGAACAGUAACAGGUUUAACUGGGAUCUUGCUAUUCGUAGUAAUGACGAUAAUUUUUGUCUUCGCUCACCCAACUAUUCGUCAAAAAGCGUAUAAAUUUUUCUGGUCCACGCAUAGCUUAUACGUAGUUCUAUAUGCAUUGUGUUUAAUACACGGUUUGGCUCGUUUGACUGGCUCUCCGCGAUUUUGGAUUUUCUUUGUUGGCCCUGCCAUUAUUUAUUCUCUAGACAAGAUGGUGAGUCUCCGUACCAAAUGCAUGGCACUGGACAUCAUCGAAACGGAGCUGCUACCUUCGGACGUGAUUAAAAUCAAAUUCUACAGGCCACCAAAUUUGAAAUAUUUAUCUGGUCAAUGGGUUCGUCUUUCUUGUACUGCAUUUAGGUCGAAUGAAUUUCAUUCGUUCACCUUGACUUCUGCACCACACGAGAACUUUCUCUCGUGUCACAUUAAGGCGCAGGGACCGUGGACUUGGAAAUUGCGCAAUUACUUCGAUCCCUGUAAUUAUAACCCGGAAGACGAGCACCCAAAAAUAAGAAUAGAAGGACCGUUCGGUGGUGGCAAUCAAGAUUGGUACAAGUUCGAGGUCGCUGUGAUGGUUGGCGGUGGUAUUGGUGUCACUCCCUACGCCUCCAUGUUGAACGAUCUCGUGUUUGGAACUUCUACCAAUAGAUACUCUGGAGUUGCCUGUAAGAAGGUUUAUUUCCUUUGGAUUUGCCCUUCUCACAAACAUUUCGAAUGGUUCAUCGACGUGCUAAGAGACGUCGAGAGGAAGGAUGUUACGGACGUGUUAGAAAUUCACAUAUUUAUUACGCAAUUCUUUCACAAAUUCGAUUUACGCACAACCAUGUUGUAUAUUUGUGAGAACCAUUUCCAAAGGCUAUCCAAGAAAAGCAUAUUCACUGGAUUGAAAGCGAUAAAUCAUUUUGGUAGACCCGAUAUGACGUCGUUUCUAAAAUUUGUUCAGAAAAAGCAUAGCUACGUUAGUAAGAUAGGAGUAUUUAGCUGCGGACCGCGUCCUCUGACGAAGAGUGUGAUGUCAUCCUGCGACGAAGUGAAUAAAGGUCGACGCCUGCCGUACUUCAUACACCACUUCGAAAACUUCGGCUAGUCUAAUUGAUAUCAUGUCGAGAAAAGAGUAGAAGAAGAAAAACGAUGGACUCUGUCGUGAAUCUUGUGCAAUUCUAUCGAGUGUACAUAUUUAUGCGCGUAUGCGCAUGCCUUAUUUAUAUAACAAAUAUUAUAUUUCUUAUUUAUGAUUACAAAAGAAUGAAAGAAUAUUUGUUUCUUCAA